UAAAUGUCAAAAUUGACAACAAAUUUGAUGUCGACGAUGUUGUGCCAAAGCAAUUUAAUUUAAUUUAAAAUGAAACUUUAAUAAACAAAAUGAAUCACGAACAGAUUAAAUCCGUCGUGCAAGAAAAGUUUCUAUCAAGUGAAACAGUGGCGGCUGUUCUCUAUGACAUCAAAGUGAUUGACUCAGAAUGGAUCAAGAAGGAAAGGCUCUUGGCGAUCGUGGAGUAUGGAGACGAGAAGGCUGUUUUCUGCCUGUGCACCUCCUCAUAUCCUCCCAAAUCUUUUACAGACCUUUCCAUAGAAAUCGGUCUUCCUGUUGAUAAGACUUUCAAGUGUGAAAUAGACAACAAACCCACUGACCCAGAAGCGGUACUGUACCUGAAUGUGCAGUCGCGCAGCAAUAAGUACAAGUUCGAGAUACAGAUGACUCCCCGCGUCGACACCUUCGUCGACGAACUGUUCCGUGGGAUAGAAGCCGCCAACUCUAUUCCCACAAGCCAAGAGUUUGUUUGGGUGCAAAAGUACUUAAGUAGUAAGAGGGAUCACGACGACAUCGCCAGCGCCCUGGUGAUGCACCGCGCCACGCUGCCGCGCGCCGGCGCCGCGCCCGUCGCCAUCCGCGAGAGCAUGAUCAAGAGCAAGAUGGCAGACAAGGAGAUUGACUACACAUUCACUAAAAACUUCACCAUUUUCUGUGGCACUUGGAAUGUAAAUGACAAAUCCCCAGUCAUUCCACUGAAGAAUUGGCUGAACAUAGAGAAAGAGCCCCCUGACAUAUACGCCAUUGGAUUCCAGGAGUUGGAUCUGUCCAAGGAGACUUUUUUGUUUGAUCAAACCUUAAGAGAGGAUGAAUGGUUCCAUGCUGUGAUGGCGGGGGUCGACCACAGAGUAAAAUACACCAAGGUGGAAAAAGUGAGGCUGGUGGGUAUGCUGCUAAUUGUCCUUAUUCAGGAGAAGCAUCACCAGCAUGUACGCAACAUUGUCUGUGACACCGUGGGGACCGGGAUCAUGGGGAAGAUGGGCAACAAGGGAGGUGUGGCCAUCAGGUUCGACUUCCACAGUACUUCCCUAUGCUUUGUCAACUCACACUUGGCUGCACAUGUUGAGGACAUUGAAAGAAGGAACCAAGACUUCAGAGAUAUAUGCAGCAGGACCAGGUUUGUGCAGCCCGCACAGCAGUCUAAAGCCAUAAAAGAUCAUGACCAAGUGUACUGGAUUGGUGACCUCAACUACAGGAUUACUGAGCUUGACCGAGCUUCAGUAAAAAAACUGAUUGAUGAGAAUAACUUUGCUUCUGUUUUAGAAUUUGACCAGUUGAAACAACAACACAAGCUGCAUCAAGCAUUUUCAGGGUAUACUGAAGGAGAGAUAAAUUUCAGGCCAACAUACAAAUAUGAUCCAGGCACAGACAACUGGGACUCCAGUGAAAAGAAUAGGGCCCCAGCCUGGUGUGACAGAAUAUUCUGGAAAGGUGAUAGAAUUACACAAUUAGCAUACAGGAGUCACCCCUCUCUGAACAUCAGUGACCACAAGCCAGUUUCAGCCACUUUCAGCACUGCUAUCAAAAUUAUUGAUGAGGAAAAAUACAGGAAAAUAUAUGAGGAAGUUAUUAAGCAACUUGACAAAUUAGAAAAUGAAUUGAUACCACAAGUUAAAGUGGAUCAGACCGAAAUUGACUUUGGCACUGUCCGGUACCUGGAGCUGCAGCAGCGGACCAUCAUGGUGACCAAUGUGGGCAAACUGCCCGUAGAAUUUGAAUUCAUUAAAAAGCUAGAUGAGGCCAGCUUCUGCAAGGAAUGGCUCAUAGUGGAGCCAUAUAAAAAGUGCAUUUGUGCAGAUGAGACAUGUGAAAUUCAACUAAAAGUCCUCAUCAAUAAGACUUCAGCUUGCAAAAUGAAUGCAGGAAUGGACAAACUGUAUGAUAUUCUAGUUCUCCAUCUGUAUGGGGGUAAGGACAUAUUCAUAACAGUAAAUGGAACAUAUGAGAGGAGUUGUUUUGGCUGCUCCAUUGAGGUUCUUGUGAAGCUAAACAUGCCAAUCCGACAAGUUCCUGUGGGAAAGCUCAUAGAGCUUGAAAGCAAAAGAGACCAAUGUGUUUCCAAUAGCUCUACCUACUCUAUUCCUAAGGAAAUCUGGUUCCUGGUCGACCACAUCUACCUCCAUGGCCUGAAGGAGCCCAACUUGUUUGAGCAGCCAGGUCUUCACUCAGAAGUACUGCUGAUAAGGGACUGGUUGGACAAUGGCUCAGUGGACCCCAUACCCGGGAGCAUACACUCGGUGGCAGAAGCCUUGCUGCUGCUUCUAGAGAGUACCUCGGACCCCAUCAUACCUUACAACCUGCAGUCAGCCUGCCUGCGCGCCUCGGCCAACUACUUGCAGUGCAAACAGAUGGUGCUGGAGUUACCCGAGUUUAGAAAGAAUGUUUUCUUGUACCUGAGCGAGUUUCUACAAGAAGCCCUGCAGCAUAAUGCUGAAAAUGGACUCGACGCAAAGACACUCUCCACACUCUUCGGCUCCAUAUUCUUAAGAGACAAUCCAAAUCAAAUGAAUGAGCCCCAGUCUCGUAUCAACAAACAAGUCAUAGACAAAAAGAAAGCACAGUUUGUAUACCAUUUUCUUGUGAAUGAUCAUAGUGAUUUAAUAUUUACCAAAUAAGUUAUUUUAUAGAAUUAUUUAUUGUAAUUGUAAUACUCUAGGAUAUUUGGGUUUAUGAGUAGAGGUAUGAAAUUGGUAUGAAUGGAUAAUGUACUGUAAAUAUAUUUAUUCCUGAAAUCUUUGAUAUAUUAAAUUUAUAUAAAAGUUGUAUCUACCUACCUAGUAUACGAGAAUAUUUGUAAAAUAUCUUGCACCAAUACAUGUUAUAAAAGUUUUAUAAGUAGAUACACAUACAGUUACCUAUAAAAUUAGGUAGGUACUCAUUUUGUUAUCCUUUCAUGUUUCAAUACCUACUUAGUAAAUUAAAGGUAGGGUUUAAAUGAGGCAGACGCUUUAUGCAUUAUUAGUUAUAAUUAUAAGUGUUAUAAUUGCCUUAAGUCGCUAAACCCAAUCUUAAAUUAACGAGGUAGUUAGUAACUACUCCAUUAAUUAAUAAUUUUGUACUUACAGUAAUUUUGUAAUUGUAUUGACUUAAAAUGAAAAUGAAAUGAAUGCCUCAGAAUGUAAUGUCUGUGUUAAUAAUGUAUGAUUUGAAUACAACGAUUAUUUAUGUACGUAAUAACUAAUUUUCUGGUUAUCUUUACUAAUUACCUACUUACAUAAUUAAACCUCACCGAACAAAAUCCUAA